CAUUUGCGGUUGAUAAGAUGUGGGCAGGUUUUCCUUAAACACUCGUCCAUUAUAGAUCUUUUAUGAAGUAACCAAAUUUAUGUGUUUCAUGCAUGAGGAGGGCAUCUAGGAAGGGAUCUAAACAAAGAAGGACAAGCCUCGGGCAGUCAUGGGGGCUCAGGAGGCUGGAUCAGAUGGGAAUGGACCGCAAAGGCAACUGGCUGAGAGUACAAGUCGACAGAAGAAGCCUUUAUUUCAGAACAAGUUUCAGUUCCUGCUCCUGUUCUGUGUCAUAGUCUUUGUAAUGUGUCUGGCCCUAUCCGACAGCUCUCUGUCAUGGUGGCAGAGAUUUGAAUUUCACAAGCACUACAACUGGUUCUCGAACAAAACCCAUAGCGUUAAUAAAGCACCUGCCUAUAAGAUCCACCCGAAAUAUAGUGUUCUAACUUCAACAAGUUCUGUUCUAACUACAACUCACAAUGCCACAGAACCUCCUACUCUUCCACCUGGAGGUAUUUGGUACCAUCAAGCCCAUCCUCGCAACUACCACUUUAUUAUGGACCACCCAGAUGUCUGCAAAAACAGGACGCCUUUCCUGGUUUUGAUGGUUCCAGUGGCACCAAACAACAUUGCAGCUCGAGAUGCAAUCCGACAGACAUGGGGCAAGGACAGCAUGAUUCAGGGUCAGGUGGUAUUCACUCUGUUCAUGUUGGGUCUGUCUGAUGGAAAUGAUGCUGAAAAGCUGAAACAGGAGAAUCAGCAGCAUCAUGACUUGAUUCAGAGUAACUUCAUGGACACAUAUAUUAAUCUGACCAUUAAAACCAUGGUGAUCGUGGACUGGCUGGCCACACGCUGCCCCACAGCAGCCUAUGCCAUGAAGGUUGACUCUGAUAUGUUCCUGAACAUUGACAACUUGGUGAUCAUGCUAACAAAACCAGGAAUACCCCAGCAGAACUACCUGACAGGAAUGCUUAUGUGGGAGAGGCCCGUGAUUCGAUCAAAGAACUCCAAGUGGUAUGUCCCAGAAGAGCUGUACCCAGAACCUAUUUACCCAACGUACACUCUGGGCAUGGGAUACAUUUUUUCCAAUGAUCUUUCUGAGAAAUUUAUUGAGGCCUCCAAAUCCAUCAAACCCUUUAAUAUUGAAGAUGCUUAUAUUGGAAUGUGUAUGAAAAAGCUGGGACUUGCACCUACCUCACCUCCUGAUCCGUCCCAGUUUAAGGCCUAUAGUGGUGGUUACAAUCGUUGCGAAUACUCUAAAAUCAUCACCUACAUCCUCAGCUCCUCUGAAGAACUGAAAAAUUAUUGGGCAGACUAUAAGAAGCCUGGACCACAUUGUUAGGGUGAUGGAUACUGCAGAUGUACUGAGAAAUCACUUGGUCGAUACGGGUUUAACUUAUUUCUAGACUGAACUGGAAGUCUAUUUUGGUAAUGAAAAAUUGUUUAU